UUCCUCUCAAACUAAAUCAAUAAAAUACCAUCAUCAGAAGAAAAUUGAAAAUGGGUAUUCGUUUGCCAAGGAUCAUGAAUGCAAAGCAAAUUGUAAAGAAAAUGAUGUUAACUCAAGAAACUGCUGAUGUUCCUAAAGGCCAUUUUGCUGUUUAUGUUGGAGAAACCGAAAAGAAGCGGUUUGCUGUUCCGUUAUCGUGCUUGAAGCAUCCUUCGUUUCAGAAAUUGCUUAGUCAAUCGGAAGAAGAAUUCGGGUAUAAUCAUCCUAUGGGCGGGCUUACACUUCCAUGCAGUGAACAAGUUUUCAGUGAUCUUAUUUUCAGUUUGUAGAUCUUACAACAAUUAAACUAACGAAGGGUAGAAGAUUGUAGGGGAAUAGGACUUUAACAUGUUCAGAUGUGUACCAGUUUUGAAAUGAGAUGAGA